AUGGCCGCGUCCCUUUGCAAGGUGCUGGUCAGCCAGGCGUGGAGAUCCCUUGGCUCUCCCGGAGGGAGGAGGAUCCUGGCGCGAAACCUUCAGAGCGAAAAUAAUGAUUCAACGCGCCGGGAACCCUCCUCAGCCAAAACAUUAAUGGACAUAGGAAUUCGAAAGAUAUUUACUUCGGACCAUGAUAUCUUACGGCAAAGUGUAAGAAAAUUCUUCCAGGAAGCUGUGGUACCGUAUCAUGGAGAAUGGGAAAAAGCUGGUCAAGUAAGCAGAGAGCUCUGGGAGAAAGCCGGACAGCAGGGUUUGCUUGGUAUCAAUAUAUCAGAAGAAAAAGGAGGCAUCGGAGGGGAUCUUCUCUCUUCAGCAAUCGUUUGGGAAGAGCAGAUGUAUGCUAAUUGUACAGGCCCAGGAUUUAGUCUUCAUUCUGAUAUCGUCAUGCCUUAUAUAGCAAACUAUGGCUCAAAAGAGCAGAUUGAAAGGUUCAUUCCAGAAAUGGCAGCAGGCAGAUGUAUUGGUGCGAUAGCUAUGACAGAACCUGGAGCUGGGAGUGAUUUGCAAGGUGUGAAAACAUUUGCAAAAAAGGACGGCGGUGAUUGGAUUCUAAAUGGCAGUAAGGUGUUUAUUACAAAUGGUUGGAUGUGUGAUGUGGUUAUUGUUGUGGCUGUUACGAACCGUGAAGCCCGUUCCCCUGCUCACGGAAUUAGCCUUUUCCUAGUAGAAAAUGGUAUGGAAGGCUUUGUUAAAGGACGUAAGCUUGAAAAAAUAGGACUUAAAGCCCAGGACACGGCUGAGCUGUUUUUCGAAGAUGUCCGCUUGCCUGCCAGCGCACUCCUUGGCCAGGAGAACAAAGGCUUCUAUUAUCUAAUGUCGGAGCUUCCCCAGGAAAGGCUCUUGAUCGGUGAUAUUGCGAUUGCUAGCUGUGAAUUCAUGUUUGAAGAAACAAGAAACUAUGUUAAACAACGAAAAGCUUUUGGGAAAACAAUUUCACAUUUACAGACUGUGCAACACAAGUUAGCAGAAUUGAAAACACAGAUUUGUGUAAGUCGGACAUUUUUGGAUAAUUGUAUUGAUCUUCAUUCACGGAAAUGCCUGGAUUCUGCUACUGCUUCAAUGGCUAAAUACUGGGCUUCUGAUCUUCAAAACAAUGUCGCUACUCAGUGUGUGCAGCUUCAUGGAGGAUGGGGAUACAUGUGGGAGUACCCAAUUGCAAAAUCUUUUGUGGAUUCCCGUGUCCAGCCAAUUUAUGGUGGUACCAAUGAAAUAAUGAAAGAGCUCAUUGCAAGAGAUAUUGUAAGCAACAAUUAGAGGCAGUUCCAUGGUACCUGAUAGAAAAUUAAAUUUCACAAAGACAAAAUCCCAACAACUGAAGAAAUGGAAUAAUCUUUUAAAAGUUGUAAAAUAAUAACAAAAAACUGUUUCUCAGGUUGACCUUUAAUGUUCAGUAUUAACUCACUGUCUUUGAUGAUAUAAAUUCUCAUUAAACAAUGCAAGACACUGUUGAAUUUUUAACAAUUCUCAAACUUCUGAAGUCAUCCUGGAUGCAAUGUACUGUGACUCUACAUUCAGAAUUAACACAUUUAUUAGAGAAAUUUUGAGUGCCAAAGGAAAUGCCAACUCUAGAAACUUACACAGUGAAUGUUUUCAAAAUAAUGGAAUGUGAAUCUAAUAUAUUUUCUUUUUUCUUUUUAAAAUAUUACAUAUAUUAUAAUCUUAAAUUUAUUUCUGAACUUAUACAAAAUAGAAUUAUAGAUCUAUUGAUGAAGCAAAAAAUUGCAUUUUUCCCCAGUAGCCAGAAUGUGCUGCUGAUUCAUAAUCAGCUGGCAAUCAAUUGCAAUUCUAAUACUUUUUUUCACAAGUACAGUACUAUUACCAAAUCAGGUAUUCCUGUAUAGUUGAUUUUUAUUUUGUAAGUGAAGCACUUUGAAUUCAUUCUGUUAUUUGUAUUCUAUUAGGAUCAUUUUAUAUUUUAUCUUAGUAUUCUUAGUAUUAGUUAUAUUACAGCAAUUUAUAAUUAUAUUAAUAAUUAAGUGUAAGAUGAUGUAUGAGGCAAAAAAUUUAUAGUUACACUGACAGAAUCCAAAGUCAGUACCAAGAAAAAUGUAUUGCAUUUUCACAACUGUCCAGCUAGGAAUCAUUACGAAAAGAACGGAAAAUAAACCUGCCAAAAUUCUAA